AUGAAAAGUCAAAAGGGAGAAACAAUAGCGGAAGAAAAAACUAGAACUAUAUUUGUUGGAAAUGCGCCAUUGUCAAGCACUAGGAGAGGAAUCAAAAAAUUGUUUUCGCAGUUCGGUACUGUAGAGAGUGUACGCCUUCGUUGUUUCGCUGCUUCUAAUAAAAAAAAUACGAAAAAGCGCGACAUUCCGAGUGGCGUGCGGUCGCUAACCUUUCAUAUCAUAUUUAAAGGUGCGAAAUCGAUAGAAGCAGCUUUGGCGUUGAAUGGCGAGAAAUAUGACGGAAAUAUGUUAAGAGUAGAUAGUUCUUGCGCAAAAGAAAAAAAUACAGUUGCCGAACAACAUUUUUGUCGGUAA